GGUAUACGACGUUGCAACACAGCCAUAACUGUCAUUUGUUCAUUUCACUUGUGUCAUCGAAAAGUGAACAUUUUGAAAAUAAUGGGCGACUUUGGUGACAAUUUCGAUAUAGAUCCUGCUGCAGAAUUUUUGGCACGAGAACAAGACGAACUCGCCGGUCUUGACGAUGAAGUUAAAAACGUUAUUACAGUUGUACCCCCGCAUAUCGAUGACACCACUACAAAUGUAUUCAAAGAGAACUCUGAAAGCUUUGAGAUGAUCAAUGGAAUUGAACAGGAUUUUUACGAUGAUUCCAAAGAGCAAGAUAGUGAACCUGCAGUGAAUGGUUUUAUGGAGACUAUAUCGCCGUCACCGCCUCGUCAUGAAAAGAAAGAGGAGCCAGAAAAGAUUAAAAAAUGGCGAGAAGAACAGAAAACUAGAUUGGAAGAGAAAGAUAGGGAAGAAGAAAUCAAGAAAGAAGAGUUACGGCAAAUUGCUGCAAAAGAACUUCAAGAUUGGUAUAAACAUCAUGAGGAACAAAUUGCUAAAACUAAAGCAGCUAAUAGGGAAUCUGCAAAAAAUGCAGAGAAACAGUUUGUAGCGGAAGAUAACGAAAUCGAACCAGGCACAGAAUGGGAACGAAUCGCCAAACUCUGCGACUUUAAUCCGAAAGCGAGCAAAGGAAAUAAGGAUGUCUCACGCAUGCGAUCGAUUAUUUUGCAGUUAAAGCAAUCGCCACCUCCUGUUACCAAUAAAGCUUAGGAAUGUUUUUGUAUGUACUAUAGAGGAUUCCAUUUAAUUAACGAAAUAAUAUAUUAAGAAGGGCCGUUUUUCUCUUUCAUGGUACAGUUUAUUUCAUUUUACGAGUGUAUGUAAAAGAAUGAUGGAUGUUUUUUUAUUGACAAAAAUUACUUUAAUUAUUAGAAAAAUAUUUUUGUGUUGCAAUAUAUACUUUAAUAUUA